AACUUAAAAGUGCUGUCCAGUUACAAGAUCUGUUAGAUGCCACAAGAAUGCUUGUACCUCGUUCAAGGUUUCAUUUCAUAUGUGAUAAUUUACUCAUUUAAUGUACCAGGUCGUGAAAGUGACAGUGAGGCAGAAGACAUAGAGCAUGCUGAAAAGCUUCGUCAAGUUAAAGCAGUGCUUGAAGAGGGUGGGCAUUUUUCUGGCAUUUAUAGGAAAGUUCAACUAAAGCCGCUAAAAUGGGUCAAAGUUGCUAAAAUUAAUGGUGAAGGUGAGGAAGAGCGGCCAGUGGAAGCUCUGAUGGUUCUUAAAUAUGGAGGUGUACUUACACAUGCUGGCAGAAAGCAGGCAGAAGAGCUGGGUAGAUUUUUCCGAAAUAAUAUGUAUCCAGGUGAAGGUACUGGUCUCCUGCGCCUCCACAGCACAUAUAGACAUGAUCUUAAAAUUUACAGCUCUGAUGAGGGUCGUGUACAGAUGUCGGCAGCUGCAUUCGCCAAAGGCCUCCUUGACCUUGAAGGACAGUUGACGCCAAUCCUGGUUUCCCUCGUUAGCAAGGACUCCUCUAUGUUGGAUGGACUUGAUAACGCUAGCAGUGAGAUGGAAGAAGCCAAGGCUAGGUUGAAUGAUAUUAUUAUUAAUGGGUCAAAGAAAAGUCAUAGCAAUGGAUCAUCUGAAUUCCCGUGGAUGGCCGAUGGAGUUGGACUUCCCCAUAAUGCUUCUGAACUGUUACCCAAACUGGUAAAAUUGACUAAGAAGGUCACGGAACAAGUAAGAUUGCUUGCCAAGGAUGAAGAUGAGAAUCUUGCUGAGACAAGUGCAUAUGAUGUCAUUCCUCCUUAUGACCAAGCCAGGGCCCUUGGUAAGACAAAUAUUGAUGUUGAUCGUAUUGCUGCCGGAUUACCUUGUGGUAGUGAGGGAUUCCUUUUGAUGUAUGCUCGGUGGAGAAAACUUGAAAGGGACUUGUAUAAUGAACGGAAAGUCCGGUUUGACAUAACACAAAUUCCAGAUGUUUACGACUCUUGCAAAUAUGAUCUGUUGCAUAAUGCUCACCUUAACCUAGAAGGAUUGGAUGAACUCUUCAAAGUUGCUCAGUUACUUGCUGAUGGGGUCAUCCCAAAUGAGUAUGGAAUUAAUCCAAAGCAGAAACUGAAGAUUGGUUCAAAGAUUGCUCGUCGUUUGUUGGGGAAAAUUUUGAUUGAUCUGAGGAAUACUCGUGAAGAAGCAAUUGGUGUUGCUGAAUUGAAGAGUAAUCAAGAGCAAGGUGUGACGAUUUCUAAGACUGAAAAGGAAGAUACAGAUUAUCUUUCAAAGCAUUUUACCAAAAAUGAUGACACGAGAAGAACUAGUACCACUAGUGAAAAGUCAAUGGAUCAAGAUGACGAUGAUGAUAAGGAGAUCAAAUACCGUUUGGAUCCAAAGUAUGCUAAUGUCAGAACACCUGAACGCCAUGUUCGGACACGUCUUUACUUUACAUCAGAAUCACAUAUCCAUUCUCUCAUGAAUGUUCUUCGCUACUGUAAUCUGGAUGAAUCUCUUCAGGGAGAGGAAAGUCUUGUAUGUCAUAGUGCUUUGGAGCGUUUGUGUAAAACUAAGGAGCUUGACUACAUGAGCUAUAUUGUGCUGAGGAUGUUUGAAAAUACAGCGGUACCAUUAGAAGACCCUAAAAGGUUCCGCAUCGAGUUGACCUUCAGCCGUGGGGCUGAUUUAUCCCCUUUGGAGAAGAAUGACAGUGAAGCUGCUUCAUUGCAUCAGGAGCACACAUUACCAAUUAUGGGUCCAGAGAGGCUGCAAGAAGUGGGAGCGUAUCUUACCUUAGAGAAAAUGGAAAAAAUGUUUCGCCCAUUUGCCAUGCCAGCAGAGGACUUCCCUCCACCGUCAACCCCUGCAGGAUUCUCAGGCUAUUUCUCAAAAAGUGCAGCGGUUCUCGAGCGACUGGUAAAUCUUUGGCCUUUCCAUAAGCAUGCUAAUACCAACGGGAAGUAACUGAACCCACAAUCUUAUUCUCUUCUGAAUUUGUUUCAUAUGCCUAAUAUGUUUAGCAAUUGAAUUUGUAAAUCAGCCAAGGUGUGUGUCUAGCUCUCCUUGGGAAAAUUUUGGAUCAAAACUAACUUCCAACAACGAAAAAUUUGUUGUUGGGAGAAGUCAUAUUCCUGAAACUGAAUUUUGUUUGCAUUAUUCUUUUAAUCUUUUCAUUUGCCAAUGUCAAUAGCACAUAUAGGGGCACUUUAACAAAAGAAAGGUAGCUGGUGAACUUGUCAAGAAGUUUCUGUUCCAGUGACACUAUCCAGUUAAUAAUUGAUUUCAGUGUCCCAUAGCCGUAGGGCCACUUUAAUAAAGUAAAAUAAUUAUUGUACAUCAAAAAGCUUUUAUUUAUGUGGCAAUCAUUCAUAAAAAAAAAUGGGUAGCUUUUUGGUUCAAAAGUGAAUGAAGUAAUCUGUGCAUAGUGGUCUUUUGCCUAA